GUACAAAUCGGGGUUAUAAUUUAAUUGUGUUUUAAAAUUUACAAACAUUAGUUAUGAAAAUACCUAUAUAGGCUAUAGACACUAUAAAUUGUAAUAAAUUAAUUUAUAUCCACCAGUCAGUGUAGUUAAGCCGGAAUGAUCUUAGCACAGAAUAUAAUAAUUAAUAAUCUCUGUGGGAUCCAAAAAUAAAUUGAAAAACCUAUUGAUUAUUUUGGUACACUGUAUAAUAUUAUAAUAAUUGUCUUCUACCGUGUUUUGGUAUAUAUUAAUAUUGGUACACAACACGAAUGGACAAAUUUAAUGUGAACAUUAUUAUCUUUUUUCAAAGAAGAUAAUAAGCCUGGUAGAAGGAGGUGAUAAGUGCUUAAUAGUUGAUACAAAAAUAUUGAGAUUUGAGGUUAUGAUUUUUACUUUUACAUUUGGAUUUAAAUGUUAUUUUUUUAAAUUUAAUUUUUCCAAUUUUUAAUUUUUGACUUUAUCUCUUGGGGAUCCGGAAUCUCAAAUUUUUUUAAGACAAACGAUUUAUCAGAUUUUAUUAAGUUGUAUAUUGAUGGUUUUUAUUAGUUUAUUAACGUAAACGGACUGUUUUUAUUUGUCCUGUAAAUUAUAUUUAAUUUAAUUGUUUAUAUGCCCCAAAAUGCACAUUAAACAUGUAUGUAUUGAAUUUGAAAUAUAUGUAUUAUCAUGUCAAGUUUAUAUAACAUUUUCUGAUAAUGUACCUAUCGAUUAUGACAUCGAAAUUGAUGUAAAAUCAAUUACUAUAACAUUAGCAGAAAAAGAUAUAUACAUUUUAAACAUUAAAGAAUAUACACUUGAAGAAGAUGAAGUUAGAGAUAUCAAAGUGUAUGGCAACAAAUUGCUGUUUCGUGCACAGUUGAAUAGUUGCCCCAAAACUGAAUCGUCAUGCUUCUCAUUUGUACCCAAAUACAUGCCUGAAGUGAAAAGUGCUGAAGAAGUCUUCAUUACAUGUUGCUCAUGUCAAAAGUUAUUUGACACAAAAUCAUUUAAUUUUCGAAGAGUCUUACCAGUGGAGUUAUAUGAAGUUGAUCAUAUGUUUUGUCACGGAGGUACAGACAAUUUAGUUUUCCAUCCGCAAGAAGAUGACUGCUACUUCGACAAAGUAUCUAUCUAUAUUAGAAAUAAACAUUGGACAUCAUCCAAUUCCGUCAAAUGUAAAAACUGUAAUUUGUGUUUAGGUGUAUGUGUAGAAUACGGUCUAAGAUUGUGGUUAGACUCUGUCAGUUUUAAAUUUGGAAAUAAUGAUGAACAAACAUACGCCCCACCAUAUGACUGUUUUGCUAUUUUAAUUGAUGAUAUUGUUAGAACAAUGCUUGGACCAAUUUCACAUGUUAUAAUGAAAUUCAAAGAUUCUGAAAAUGUCUUUCAUUAUAUAUUAAUGAAAGUCAUUAAAAAAAGUGAAUUCGCUAUUGCUUUAAAUCCUAAUUGUAAUAACAUUCUUACACUUGAAAGAAAAAAUUGCUCAAGUAUUAUUUGGCAUACAUCUACAGAUUUUGUGGAAAAAUGGAGGAAUGAUUACUUUGUGACAGAAAUACAAAUAUCAGAAAGAAUGUAUCAGAGUGCAAUCAAAUAUUUAACUGAAAUUCACAAACAAUUCCAUAUUGGAACUUGUUUAACCGGAAUUGAGAAAUCGCGGAAAUCUUAUUUAUUCACAGAUUUAACAGAUAUAGUUGAAUAAUUUCUACAUAAAAAAUUGUAAAAUUAUAUUGCCAAUUAUCCCUAUUAUCACUCAUUACAAUGUGAUGAUCUAAUGAUUUUUAUUAAUUUUAUUGUUUAAUUGUCCGUAUUUAUUAAGAUAUUUUGUACAAAAACAUUCCAUUUAUAAUGUAUCAUUGUUAUGUAUAAUAAAUAAUGAUAUUCUAUAUUUUUUUAUUAAUAUAUAAUGUUAUAAUAAAUGGAAAUAACUAUUGUAUUUUUAA